AAACGCAAGCCUUCCUUUGUUUCGCUGCAUUGGCCUGGCUGUCCCAGCUGGCGGCUGUUCAUCACGAAUUUGCGUGGGCUCACCCCUUGGGCCCAGUGCGAAGAGCGUUGAUUGACCAGACGUACGCUUCAUUCCUUUUCCAGACAGUCUCUCUUUUCACUCAUUUAUAUGGACAGUAUCUGAGAUAUCGCCUCGGCUCCCAACUUCAUUCGUGGACUCGCAAGGAGUUUCGCAUCCAAUGCCCUUCUGGAUCGACUCUUCAAACAGACAAGGGAACGAAGUCAAACGUCGUGAGUGGAUCACUUUGAAGGAUCCCAUUCCGAGGUCGGAGACCUGAGAUUGGGCUCAGCUCCCAUGACGAUCAGAGGCGUCCUCACCGUGUCCAUUGCACUUGUACUUCUGGGAACGGUAUCAGCGGGUUUCUACGACGAUUACAGGAUCAUAUGGGGUGGACAAAACAUCGUUGCCAAUGACGCGACGAGCGAAGUCAAGCUUAUCAUGACUGAGAGUGCAGGAGCGUCUUUCGCUACCAAAGAUGUUUACUUGUACGGCUCCUUCAGCGUCAAGUACAAACUCGUUCCUGGUGAUUCAGCUGGAACUGUCACUGCGUUCUACAUGACAUCAUACGAUGGCAGACAAGAUGAAAUCGACUUCGAGUUUCUCGGCAAUGUCUCCGGUCAACCUUACCUUCUACACACCAACCUUUUCGCGAACGGGAAGGGUGCCCGCGAAUCCCAGUUUUUCCUCUGGUUCGACCCCACUGCUGAUUACCACAACUACACCAUCGUAUGGAACCAAAAGCAAAUAAUCUGGUUGGUUGACGACAUUCCCAUUAGGAUUCACAGAAACAUCCACCCCUCCGUCUACCCGCGCCUGAAGCCCAUGGGUGUCCACGGCACGUUGUUCGAAGCCAGUUCAUGGGCUACUCGUGGAGGAGCCGUGCCUAUCGAUUGGACGAAGGCUCCUUUUUCGGUUUCAUAUAAAGAUUUUACCUUCAGGUCCUGCAGGGUAUACAAUGGAAAUACUUAUCCAUGCAGAGUAAAUGUGAAGAAAAAUUCUUGGGAGAGACCACAGUAUCAGUCUCUAAAUGCAGUGCAGAGAGCGCAGCUGAGGGAUGUUCGUGCGAGGUACAUGACCUACGACUACUGCAAUGACAGAGUGCGUUACCCCGUGCAGUCAAUGGAAUGCCCCUACAAUGCUCAAGGUUAUGCCUUGUAGGAACGGCUAACGAGGAAUUCUUAAUUGCAGAUGUUGACAACAGCAUUUGCAAUUAAGGACAGUUGGAACUUCAAUCUCGAGUGUUUCUGUUUUAUGAUCAUAAAAGUUGAAGUAUUUCUUCUCUGUUGUAAGCUAUCGUCCUAAUCUUCUUCUAGCGUACAAUCAAUUCGAUAGAGCUCACUACAUUCAUAUUAAGAUGUGUUUAAUAUUUUUGGUUGUAGUUGAAGUAGAAUCAUUAAUAGGUCCAUCAAAUGGGCAUUGUGUAGUUGAUUCUUUUUGGCUGUCUUUGUGUGCCAAAUGUAAGAUUACUCGCUGUCGAAUGACAACGUACAAAGUGCGUAUGUUGGACACGAAAUAUCGAAUAAAGGAGCUGCUUGUUGUAGCAUGAAUUUCAUCUCUU